AGGACUCAUUCCUUUGGGAAGGUACACAAAUCACUCCAGUUUUAAUCAGAGGCGUAUCAGAGAAUUGUGCGCUCCAAGGAUAGCCUCUUCUUGAAAGCUUUCGUGUUUUAUUUUUCUGAUCUGAGGAGAAAAGUUGUUAGGGAAUAAUGACAUUUGAUAGUCUCUAAGAUCUGUUUGAUCCUUGUGUUCUCCUUCAGCUGGUCCCAGGACAAGACAUCUUCGGAGAAGGCUGCCUUUUGUUUCCACUUUCCUUGCAAACAUUGUGCGUCUUGGUGAUACCAGGAUUUGUUCUUGUUUUCAAACUCCCUCCAAUCUGCGCGCUGAGCUGUCAGAUCUCUCUCUCUCCGUCUCUCUCUCUCUUUUACGCACGGGAGGUUGGACACCUGAGAGCACUCGCGCACACCAACGUGAAGCGAGAGUGUCUGAGAUCCCGUUUUGAUGUUUGGGAUUCAGGAGAGCAUCCAAAGGAGUGGGAGUAGUUUGAAAGAGGAGCCCAUCGGAGCCGGCAUGAACGCAGUCCGAACAUGGAUGCAAGGUGCCGGGGUGCUGGAUGCGAACACGGCCGCGCAGAGCGGAGUGGGGCUUGCCCGUGCGCACUUCGAGAAACAGCCGCCCUCAAACCUGCGCAAAUCCAACUUCUUCCACUUCGUUUUAGCCCUUUAUGACCGACAAGGACAACCAGUGGAAAUUGAGAGGACCUCUUUUGUUGGAUUUGUGGAAAAAGAAAAGGAAACAACUGGAGAAAAGACAAACAAUGGAAUACAUUACAGACUGCAACUUCUCUACAGCAACGGCAUCAGAACAGAGCAGGAUUAUUAUGUACGACUAAUUGACUCCAUGACUAAACAGCCCAUCAUCUAUGAAGGUCAAGAUAAGAACCCGGAGAUGUGCCGUGUGCUUCUGACUCAUGAAAUCAUGUGCAGUCGUUGUUGUGACAAAAAGAGUUGUGGGAACCGUAACGAGACGCCCUCUGAUCCCGUCAUCAUCGACAGGUUUUUUUUAAAGUUUUUCCUGAAAUGCAAUCAGAACUGUCUAAAGAAUGCAGGAAACCCACGGGACAUGCGCCGCUUUCAGGUGGUUGUGUCGACAACAGUCAGUGUAGAAGGACAUGUGCUGGCUGUUUCAGACAAUAUGUUUGUGCACAACAACUCCAAACACGGCAGAAGAGCUCGGAGACUCGACCCGUCAGAGGGAACGCAGUCAUAUCUGGAACACGCCGCACCUUGUAUCAAAGCCAUUAGCCCCAGUGAAGGCUGGACAACAGGGGGUGCUACUGUCAUCAUCAUUGGAGACAACUUCUUUGACGGACUACAGGUCAUCUUUGGCACCAUGUUGGUCUGGAGCGAGCUCAUCACACCUCAUGCCAUCAGAGUGCAGACCCCACCACGUCAUAUCCCCGGAGUGGUAGAGGUCACGCUCUCCUAUAAGUCCAAACAGUUUUGCAAAGGCACACCAGGCAGAUUCAUCUACACAGCCUUGAAUGAGCCCACCAUAGACUACGGUUUUCAGCGGUUACAGAAGGUGAUACCUCGGCAUCCUGGAGACCCUGAACGUUUGCCAAAGGAAGUGAUUUUAAAGAGAGCCGCAGAUCUGGUUGAAGCACUUUAUGGAAUGCCCCAUAAUAACCAGGAAAUCAUUCUUAAGCGAGCAGCGGACAUCGCCGAGGCCCUUUACAAUGUGCCACGAAACCACAACCAGCUGACAGGCCUGACCAACAGCUCUGUGCAUGCAAGCAUGAUGGGUGUAAACUCCUUUACUGGACAGCUAGCUGUUAAUGUCUCAGACUCCUCUCAGGGUGGAAGCCAAGGUUUUAGUCGUAACACGAGUAGUGUAUCUCCGCAUGGUUAUGUGCCGAGCUCCACACCUCAGCAGAGCAGUUACAGUACGGUCUCCACCAGUAUGAAUGGCUACGGAAACGGCACCAUGACAAACCUGACCGGCUCCCCGAGUUUCCUGAACGGCUCUGCCGCCAAUUCACCCUAUGCCAUUGUUCCCUCCAGCCCCACCAUGGCCUCCUCAACCAGCCUGCCCUCAAACUGCAGCAGCUCCUCUGGGAUCUUCUCCUUCUCUCCAGCAAACAUGGUUUCAGCUGUGAAGCAGAAGAGUGCCUUUGCUCCUGUCGUUCGACCCCAGUCCUCACCUCCUCCCACAUGCACCAGCACCAAUGGAAAUGGCCUCCAAGAUCAGUCUUUUGUCGACUCUAACAAGUACUCCACAGCCAGCGCGCUCCAGGGCCUGGCCUUCUCCUGAAUGAUCCCUGGAAUGAUCGUUCCUCCCAUGUAGGGUGUGUUUGUGUGUGCGUGCAUGUGUGUGUGUUUGUUUGUGUGUAGAGAGACAGAGAAAGAUGAAACAUGCUCUUUCGUGCCACUGGUCUCACUGAGCGUGUGCAGAAGACUCCGGCGAUGGACUGACCCCGCAGUCCUGUUCUGAAGGAUGAUAAACUACAAACUCAGGCCCUUUUUAAACUCAAUUUGCUUUGAAACAAAAGCAUAAUAGAGGUAGAACAAUAUGAGAAAAUAGACAACAACAACAUUGAACUGAACUAUUGUACCUCCCUGUUUUGAUGUUGAAAUUUGUACUCACCUUGUAGACGCUUUUUAAGAUAAGGGGCAAGAGCACAGACAAUGCUUACCCGCCCUACACUAAAACAUGAGAGGUCUAUUUAUUUAAAAAAACAAACUUAACCGUUGUUGAUUUGCCAUCAUAUUUGUGUGUUUCUGUGUGUACCACUGUUUUAUCAAAUUAUCUGACACGAUAUUGCAAUGGUUUCUAUUUAUGAUUUUCUUUUUUUUAAUGCUAAGUGAAGGAUUACCAGUGAUUUUUGUCCCACUGAAUAAAGAUUUAUUUUUUUUUUUAAACACCCUGUUUAAUUAGUCACAAAUAUUCAAUUAAAGGAAGAACAUUUUGGGGUUGGAACAACACAGGCGUAUGUGAUUUAUGACAUAAUUUUCAUUUUUGGCUGAACUAUCCCUUUUAAGUCCUUAACUGAUCAUGUCAAGUGGUAAAACGUCCCUUUUGCCCUUUUUCCAUGUUUGAAAACCACAACAAAUGUGUUCUUGCCAAAGAAAGAACUCCUCUUUUUUGCAUUGCUGUUUGUCAUGACAUGAUUGUUACGCUCAUAUUUGUUCAAAUUAGACAUUUCAUUCUCAUCUUUACCCUGCUUUAUUUCAUCAAAUCAUUAUACUAAGCCAAAAUGUAUAGACCAAACACUUACCCAUAGUUACACAAAAUAGACGCUGCACAAAGACAAAUACGCAUCAUACACAAAGCCAAGAGGAUCAAAUAGCAAACUUUCUAAAGUGAUUGCUGCCUUCUUUUUAUCUAAUCUAAUGAAGGAUUCAUUUUUGUGAGAAUAAACGCAAAUGACAGAAUCUUUAUUAGUAUGCCGUACGUUGUAAUCUUCAUAUCUUUCAUUUUAAUUGGUUUGUUUUGUAGAAAAACUGUGAUAGCAUUGAUAGUUUCUUUUGCAAUGUGUAGUGCUUCCACUAGUAGACAGAUAAUGUUAAGACUGAUAUUACUGAAACGUUGCAGGAAGAUGAUUAUUAAAGUAUUUUAAUGCUCAGCUGUUUUGCUCAUUUGUUAACACCAGAAUCAUGUAGAAUAGUCUUGUUUGUAGCACUGUGAAAGCUUUGUAUGAAAGAUUGAAGAUCUAGAUGAAGCCAUUACUUCUGUUUGGGUUCUAGCGUGUGUUGUGUACAGAGUGAUAAAAAUGUUUCAUUUUGUCUUUUAUUUUGCCAAAGUCAUUGUUUAAAAUCUAUUUAUACAUCAGAAAGGAGUCAUAAGGCAGCUUUAUACAACCUAGUGUCACUGAUAUAAUGUUUACGCCAACCUUAGCAGACGUCAUUGACUUAAGCUCUGAAGUUUUGAUGAUCACGAAGGGAUAUAUAUGUAGGAUAUCCAUAAGAAUAAUGUACGCGUAUCGCUUGAAUUUGUACAUGCUUCGUAUCUCUUUUCCUCACUUUUGUGUGUUUUCGCUCAUAAUAUGGUGAUAAUCUGUGUUUGAUAUUUUGUCUUCUGCCAAUUUGUGUCCAUAAAUGUGAUUUUGGAACUUAAUUUUUAUAGCAAUUUUUGUAUGUCAAAGUGCAACCAUGUUUUUGUAUUCCAUUUGCAUGGAGCAAUUUUUUUUUAAAAAAUAGUAAAUAUUUUAAAGCAAUGAGCUUUGAGAAUAUAUAUAUAUAUAUAUAUAUAUUCACCAGGUAAACAAUAUAAAUAUAGCCUGUUUUUUAAUUUAGCUUCUCUGGAACUCUGAGGCAGAUUUAUUGUUUUAAUAAACAGCGAAUUGAUUAUCUUUUCUUCAAGAAUCAAGUUUUAAGAGAGGAAAAAAACAAUGCAAAUAUCUGUUAUAUUUUCCUCAUCACUAAAUUCACAAUCUUUCCACAAUCUAGUGGAAGUGUACCAACAGGUAAAAAUGUCUUAAUGCAGAUUUCUUCAUUCUUACAUUAUUUAUAAUUUUUUUUUAAAUGUACUUAGCUUGUUUGGUAAAUAACAAAUAAAAGUUCACCUAUAUAGAGUAACAGCACAAGAGUCUAUACAGUUAUUAGCUUCUACAUCUCAUUCCAUGACACUUCCUUUCCUCUAUAAUUCAUAUGUCACUUUGUAAUGAAUUUUCAUUCCAUUUCACAUCACAAAAAUUCCCUAUGAAUUGAUUUAUUUCCCCCAAACCCCAAUAUCAGUUGCUUAUUUAUAUAUUUUCUUUUCUGAAUUGUGGCUUUCCCCGUUAUUUAAGAUUUCAUAAAAUGAGCAUAAAUUGUAAAUUUGUAAUUUGGUGCUCAAUUGAUUUACUGAUUAAUAAAUCACACAUCCAAACUGACAAGAAGUCUGCGAUUUUUCCUGUUGAUCACAUACUUUCAGUGGGCAGUUUUUACUGGUGAAAAAAUAUAAAAAAGAAACUACUGUAAAGAUUAUGGUUUUUAAUUAUACCUUUGAACUGUAAAAUAACUUUUUGACACUCACAAUAUUUAAUUAAACUUUCCUCUUGU